AUGAAGGUUUUCGCGAUCCUAGCUGUCUUAACCCCAGUUAUUCUUGCUGCACCGCUCACGGCUGCAGAGGAUCCUGGCUGCACCCGCGAAGCCCUCCUCGAAGCAGCCGAUGCCUACGUCACGGCUCAAACAGAGGGUACCCUCGAUGCUCUAGCUGAUCUCUUAGCCGAUGAAUGGAUCUACUGGGAAGACAACAAAGAGAUUGACCCAUCAAAAGCCGUUCUUACAACCAAAUCCCUCAAGAUCGACCACCAACGAAGCAUCGCCGAUGUCGUAGAGUGCGCAUCCUAUACCGAGCUCAUUUCAGCGGAUCCAUCCAACCCAUACGUCAUCGGGACGCAGAUUCGGCACGGCUCCGACUUCAAGAUUACCAAGAUUGAUAGUGUUGCCUCGACAAAGAACUCUUGGUUGUUCGACUCGGCUAAGACGCUCGACUAUGCUGUUAAGGAGGAUUGGUUCGAGAUUCCAGAGAGCGAUAGGGAUGACAGAGAUGUAAUUAAGGCCGCUGGCGACGCCUACAUGGAUAUUUGGAGCAAUGCUACUGCGGCUGCUGCCGUACCGUGGGGUGUGCCGUGCACGAGGUUGGAGGGUUCUGCAUAUACGGGAAGAGGAACGCCACAGGACUCCUGCGAAGUUGGGCUGCCAUCAAAUCACAACCAGGCACCCAACUCCAACAGACGAUAUGUGGUCGAUGAGGUGAUGGGCUCGGUGAACAUUCUUUGCGUAUGGGAGCAUAUGAUGAAUGCAGCUGAUAGUCACGAGUUCAGACUGGAAAAGGGAAAGCUGCGAUAUGUCCAUACCAUGACUCCAGGCAUUCAGGCUCGCGAUCUUCCCCAGGAAACCAAGUCCUGCAACUGA